AUAUAAAUAAUCUUUAUCUGAUCACUACAAAUCUUUCUCCAUUGAAUCAUAAAAUCAAAGAAACAAAUACAAAGAAUUAUAAAUGCAGAAAUCUCUUCUCUCUUAAAAAAGAUUUUUCUCCUUUUGUAAUUGUUUUGUGUGAAAUAAAGAUGAAGAGACGAGAUAGAAAUGGUGAAAUUUGGGAUUUUGAGCAAGAAAUGAAUAGUCUAAGUAGUAGAGAUGGAGUGAUACUUGGAUUAGAUGGCGGAACUACAUCUACUGUCUGUAUCUGUAUGCCUUUAAUGUCGUUCUCUCAAAAACUCCCUGAACCACUUCCUAUUCUUGCUAGAGCUGUUGCUGGUUGUUCUAAUCAUAACAGUGUUGGAGAAACGGCUGCGCGCGAGACAUUGGAACAGGUAAUGGCUGAAGUGCUAACUAAAUCUAAUUCCAACCGGUCUGCUGUGCGAGCUGUUUGUUUAGCUGUAUCUGGUGUUAACCAUCCUACGGAUCAACAGAGGAUACUCGAUUGGCUCAGGGACAUAUUUCCAAAGCAUGUAAAACUAUUUGUUCAAAAUGAUGCUGUGGCAGCUUUGGCUAGUGGGACAAUGGGGAAACUUCAUGGAUGUGUUCUAAUAGCUGGUACAGGGACCAUCUCUUACGGGUUCACGGAAGAUGGAAGGGAGGCCCGAGCUGCUGGUGCUGGACCAGUGUUAGGUGAUUGGGGAAGUGGCUAUGGAAUUGCUGCACAAGCAUUGACGGCAGUGGUGAGAGCCCAUGAUGGCCGCGGCCCGCAAACAGCACUUACAUCCAGUAUUCUUGACAUACUGAACCUCUCUUCACCAGAUGAACUUAUUGGGUGGACUUAUGCGGAUCCAUCGUGGGCUCGCAUUGCUGCACUUGUUCCACUAGUAGUAUCCUGUGCAGAAGCAGGAGAUCAAGUAGCUAAUCAGAUCUUACAUGACUCGGUCAAAGAUUUAGCGGAAAGCGUGAAAGCAGUUGUGCGUCGACUUGGGUUAUGUGGAGAAGAUGGAAUGGAUCCAUUCCCUCUCGUUAUGGUUGGUGGGGUGCUUGAAGCUAAUAAGAGAUGGGAUAUAGGGAAUGAAGUUAUUAAACGCAUCUGCGAGAGCUAUCCCGGGGUUCAUCCAGUUCGACCCAAGGUGGAACCUGCGGUAGGGGCAGCAUUGCUAGCUUGGACUUUCUUAAAGAAAGAAACAGAAGCCAAGCCUGCAACCUGACGAACUAUGAGGAUUCGUGAUUGUUGCAACUGUACAUUGCCAUUUAUUAGGUAAACAGGAAAGUGUGAAAUUUUUGGAGAGACAAAGAAGUCAUUCGUCAUAUACCUGAGAAUUGUCACUCUAAAUGAAUAUUAAAGUUACUGGAAGGUUUUUCAAUAGAAUCUCGGUUCUUUCUUUGGUGUUUGAA